AGCGGAAAAUUGACGGUAUCGAGUCACGCGAGGAAGAAGAUUUCUUCCGGUCCUCCACUUUUAACAAGCUGCCAAAACACAUCGGGGGCUCAGUCUUUCCCCCAGAUGGAGGUAGAAGGUCAACCAUCAGCAGUAAAUUGACUUACUGCUACUUGAUAAGAACCUCCAGCUGCUUGCUGAUCAAUCUGCACAUUCACUUCUAUCUGCAUCCAGGUGUCCUCACGCAGACUUUUAGGUUCACUGUACAUUUUUCUAAUGGCAAUUAACACGGAUAUUGAGGACUGGGGUGGAAUGGGCAGCAGUGACUCUGGGGAAAGAGCAUGGCUCUUGCAGAGCCCCAGUGUGGAUUCGGUCCCGCGCCCCGAGCUGGAGGAGAGAAACCAAAAUGUGUCACCCCUGGGAGCAGUUUUCAUUGUGGUGAAUGCAGCACUAGGAGCAGGUCUGCUGAACUUCCCAGCAGCCUUCAGCAUGGCAGGAGGAGUAACUGCAGGAGUGGUUCUUCAGAUGUUUAUGUUGAUCUUCAUCAUCAAUGGACUUGUAAUCCUUGGCUACUGCUCUGUGGUCAGUAAUGAAGCCACCUAUCAGGAGGUUGUUCGAGCCACUUGUGGAAAGGUCACAGGCGUCAUAUGUGAAGUCGCCAUUGCUGUCUACACCUUCGGCACGUGCAUCGCUUUCUUCAUCGUCAUUGGAGACCAGCUUGAUCGCUUGAUCGCUGCAAUGGUUCACAGCACAGACAGUGCAGCCGCCGGCCCCUGGUACACCGAUAGAAAGUUUACCAUCGUCGUUACUGCAGUCCUGGUCAUCCUUCCUUUGUCUAUCCCCAAAGAGAUUGGCUUUCAAAAAUAUGCCAGUGCCCUUAGUGUGAUGGGAACCUGGUACGUGACCAUCGUGGUCAUUGUGAAAUACAUCUGGCCGAGCAAAAACAUGUCUCCAGAUUACGUCUCAACCAGUUCAUCUUCCUGGACUGCAGUUUUUAACGCUAUGCCCACCAUAUGUUUUGGUUUCCAGUGUCAUGUCAGCUGUGUGCCGGUGUUCAACAGCAUGAGGAGGAAAGAGAUCAAACCGUGGGGAGUUGUGGUCACACUCAGCAUGAUAAUCUGCCUUUUUGUUUACACAGGAACUGGUGUCUGUGGCUUCCUGACUUUUGGCUCCACUGUGAGUCAGGAUGUGUUGAUGUCGUACCCUCCUGAUGACGUCGCUGUAGCCAUCGCUAGAGCUUUCAUCGUCCUCUGCGUGGUGACCUCGUACCCCAUUUUACACUUCUGCGGCAGGGCCGUCAUAGAGGGACUUUGGCUUCGUUUCCAAGGGGAACAGGUGGAGGUGUGUGUACGCAGCGAAUGCAGGAGAAGGAUCCUUCAGACUCUGGUGUGGUUCGUCAUCACCCUCGUACUCGCACUCUUUAUCCCCGACAUUGGCCGGGUGAUCUCUCUGAUUGGUGGACUGGCAGCCUGUUUCAUCUUUGUGUUUCCAGGUUUGUGUUUGAUGCAAGCUAAGCUUUCAGAGACAGAUACCCGAUCUGCAAGCUGGCAUGUACUGGUUGGCUUUGGUGUUGCCAUGGUUACCCUUGGUGCUUUCAUUUUCGGCCUCACUACAUCGAACUCCAUCUAUCAGGAUGUUCUCAACUAAAAGGGACGUCUCCUCUACGGCGAGGAUGGGCGAGUGCGCAGAACUGUGCUGCUCUUCGGGAUCGCAGCAUGAGAUGAAACACCUCAUUACGCUCAACAACAGAGAUGAGAGCGGAUCGGAUCGUCUGCCUCAUGCAUGCUCGAUUCAACCGGGACGUGACUUACAAGUUUUCUUAUUUCCUGUGAAGUUUUAGCAUGUUACUUUGAGACGGUUUCGUAAUUCCUGGGGGAUACAGGCUGGCCUAUCCCGUUUCCGAACGCUAAAAACUUGUUUCUGUCUCCUUUAUUCAAAAGUAGAACUUUGUAUAAAAAAAAAAACUUUAAUCAAUUUGAUUUUAAAAAUUAAAUCAUGCCAAUUUGUGACAUUUUAACAGCAUGUUUACCCCAGAGAAUGCAUGCCGUGUCUCUCACAUUCUGGUCUGUAGCUUAUUCUAAGGUCUGUAUGUAGUUUAGCUUCCGGAGUUAAAAUAAAGGGUCAUGAAGGAAAACCUAAUCUGGGAACUUUUACAAAAAUACCUCCCCACUGAAUGAAAAGAGGGUGUAUGAUGUUUUAUAUGGAUUAUUCAUUAUCGUAAGGUUUUUCUUCCUUUAGACUUUUUCAGCCUUUACUGAAUCAGUGUGAAACUGAAUUUUAGAGUUAAAGAGGCAACAGGUCUUGUCAAAAGACACUAAAGUAAAACCAAAGUCAGAUAUUUUUGGUAUUCUGAUUUCUAAACUCAUCUGCUUAUAACCAAAAUCAUCAUCGUUCAUGUGUGAUCCAGCGCUUUCUACUUAAGCUCCAAAAGAUGGAGUUAAAUAUCCCAUAAUUCCUCAUCUUUAAUCUGUAAUGACAUCAGCUUGGACAGUUUGUGAUUGAAGGGAAACAAAGUUUACAUAUUUGUGUUUGUCAUACAAUGCAAACGACUUGAUCAAAAGGCAUUUUUGUGUCGACAAGAACGCAGUUAAUGCAAACUAAGGGAAAUGUGGUGCAAUUAUUUGAAUAUUUUUGUAAUCUGCUAAUGUGUUUAUAGUUUUUAUAUAUAUAUACAGAUUGUCUUUUCCAUUUAGAUGCUGCACUGUUUAAUUUCUGUUGCUUAUUUGCUUUUCUUUUCUUAACUAAAACACUACUCUGCCUUCA